AUGUCCAGCAUCCCCCUCGCCAAGCGGUCGAAAGUCAGCGACCUCACUGUCAUCCCCGACAAGUGGGAGUCGUACCCGACUAUCGACCGCUCCAAAGUCCAGUCCUGCUCGUUUGAGCAUCUCACUCCGUCGACGCGCAUCCGGCGCUCGAAACUCAUCAAAAUGACGCUGCAGGCGAGCAGCAGCGGCAGCAGCAGCAGCAGCUCCAUCAAGCGCAGCAAAGUCAGCGACAGUGUCAUUGCAGACUCAAGCAUCAAGAGCAGCAAGCUGUCACACUGCGAGGUCAGGGCUGUCAGACUCGUGAAAUGGUCGAAAGCGCGGGGUUCGCGCCUCGAGCAUGUGCGCCGGCUGAAGCGCAGCGAUGUCGAGGAUAGCACGGUCAGAAACGUCAGACACGUCAAAUGGAGCUCUGUCCGGCGGUCCUUUGUCACCGACACGGCGCGCAUCAAACGCUCGUCGGUGCGGGAUGUCCGCAUGGCCAACAGCGUCGUCGACCGGUCGUCGCUGACGGACUGCAUUGUCGCGAACUGCGAGCUUUACCGGACUAGCUUUACGGGGAUGGUGCUGGAGAACGGCAUAUGGAAGAAUGGGCAGCUGGUGGGCCGGACGAGCGAGAGGGAGGUCGUUGUUCGGCGGAAGACAGAUGCAGAUAAGGAAUACACUCCAUCCACUACCAACGGACAGGCUCAGCCUAACGGUAUCGGGAUCGAGACUGUCGAUCCCAGCACCAGCACGUCUUCGACAGUCCCAGUCACCGUCCCUGAAAGCAAGCAGAAGCAGAAGAAAGCGUCCAAGAAGGAGAAGAAGAAGAAGAAGAAGCUUGUCGACAGCGACAGCGACUCGGACUCGGAUUACUCCUCGUCGUCCAGUUCCUCCUCGUCCAGCUCAUCGUCCGAUAGCGAAAGCGAUGGCGAGGACUUGGUGAGACAUGAUGUCUCUGCGAAAGAUCGUCUUUCGCCUCCUCCGCCGUACGAGGAAAAGAGCAGCGCGCCGGUCGAGCUGAAGUAG